AUUGCCUGUCUCUUCUCUAGAACACAAGCUCCAGGAGGCUGUUUCCCAGCGCCCAGAUCAGUGUCGGCAAUGGACUGGACUCGAUAAUUACUUACAGAAAGGGAGAAGGGAGUCACGUCUCUAACUUGAAACUAUUCCAGGCCCAGCCCCAAAUGCCCUGUUUGGGGGACAUCUGACUGGGCGGGCACCCGUACCACGGGGCAGGAGCAGGAAGUCAAUUGGAAGUCGUAAUUUAAGUAGCACAUGGUGGAGCCCAGCCCUACUGAACUUGAUCCCAAUGCUGAGCAUUUUUUCUAACCCUCAUCCACCCUGCCACACUCCCGCUAGCUCAGCUCACGGGCUCCUGUCACCCAAAGUUGGCCAGAGGACACCCUGCUGAGCCGCAGGGCAAAGCGUUCUCUCUGGUCCGCUUCCCCUGCUGGCGGCAGGCUCUUAUCCAGACGGUGGAGAUGUCUGCGCAGAGGCUGAUCUCUAACAGAACGUCCCAGCAAUCUGCAUCUAAUUCUGAUUACACCUGGGAAUAUGAGUAUUAUGAGAUUGGACCAGUUUCCUUUGAAGGACUCAAGGCUCACAAAUAUUCCAUUGUGAUUGGAUUUUGGGUUGGUCUCGCGGUCUUCGUGAUUUUCAUGUUUUUUGUGCUGACCUUGCUGACCAAGACUGGAGCCCCACACCAAGACAAUGCCGAGUCUUCCGAGAAGAGACUCAGAAUGAACAGCUUUGUGUCAGACUUUGGAAGACCAUUGGAGCCCGACAAGGUGUUUUCUCGACAGGGCAAUGAGGAAUCUAGGUCCUUCUUUCACUGCUACAUCAAUGAAGUGGACCACUUGGACAAGGCCAAAGCUGGUCUCCAGACCACAGCCCUCGACAGUGACAUUCAGCUCCAGGAAGCCAUCAGAUGCAGCAGGCAGCCAGAGGAGGAGCUGAACAGACUCAUGAAAUUUGACAUCCCUAACUUCGUCAACACGGACCAGAACUCCUCCUUUGGGGAAGAUGAUCUCCUGAUUUCAGAACCACCGAUUGUUCUAGAAAAUAAGCCAGUUGCCCAGACCUCACACAAAGACUUGGAUUGAGAACGUGUUUUGUCAAGUGUCUUUCUCAAGAUGCGGAGUUUGUCUUUGUAUGGCAAGAAGUCUCCUUUCACAGAAUAGUGUGUGUGUGUGUUUGUGUCUGAGAGAGAAAUGGAGACAGAGAGACAGAAAGAUGAAGAGACAGAAGAGA